ACACGUUAAGGCUAUCAGUGCCAGGGUCUGAUACCUCCCACUGUGGCCAGUCCCAGGAGCUGUCACCUCCCACUGUGGCCAGUCCCAGGUAUCAGUGCCAGGAGCUGUCACCUCCCACUGUGGCCAGUCCCAGGUAUCAGUGCCAGGAGCUGUCACCUCCCACUGUGGCCAGUCCCAGGUAUCAGUGCCAGGAGCUGUCACCUCCCACUGUGGCCAGUCCCAGGUAUCAGUGCCAGGGGCUGUCACCUCCCGCUGUGGCCAGUCCCAGGUAUCAGUGCCAGAAGCUGUCACCUCCCACUGGCCAGUCCCAGGUAUCAGUGCCAGGGGCUGUCACCUCCCACUGGCCAGUCCCAGGUAUCAGUACCAGGGUCUGUCACCUCCACUGUGGCCAGUCCCAGGUAUCAGUGCCAGGGGCUGUCACCUCCCACUGUGGCCAGUCCCAGGUAUCAGUGCCAGGGGCUGUCACCUCCCACUGUGGCCAGUCCCAGGUAUCAGUGCCAGGAGCUGUCACCUCCCACUGUGGCCAGUCCCAGGUAUCAGUGCCAGGGGCUGUCACCUCCCACUGUGGCCAGUCCCAGUCCCAGGUAUCAGUGCCAGGAGCUGUCACCUCCCACUGUGGCCAGUCCCAGGUAUCAGUGCCAUGGUCUGUCACCUCCCACUGUGGCCAGUCCCAGGUAUCAGUGCCAGGAGCUGUCACCUCCCACUGGCCAGUCCCAGGUAUCAGUGCGAGGGGCUGUCACCUCCCACUGGCCAGUCCCAGGUAUCAGUGCGAGGGGCUGUCACCUCCCACUGUGGCCAGUCCCAGGUAUCAGUGCCAGGGGCUGUCACCUCCCAGUGGCCAGUCCCAGGUAUCAGUGCCAGGGGCUGUCACCUCCCACUGUGGCCAGUCCCAGGUAUCAGUGCCAGGGGCUGUCACCUCCCACUGUGGCCAGUCCCAGGUAUCAGUACCAGGGUCUGUCACCGCCCACUGUGGCCAGUCCCAGGUAUCAGUGCCAGGGUCUGUCACCUCCCACUGUGGCCAGUCCAGGUAUCAGUGCCAGGGUCUGUCACCUCCCACUGUGGCCAGUCCCAGGUAUCAGUGCCAGGGUCUGUCACCUCCCACUGUGGCCAGUCCCAGGUAUCAGUGCCAGGGUCUGUCACCUCCCACUGUGGCCAGUCCCAGGUAUCAGUGCCAGGAUCUGUCACGUCCCACUGUGGCCAGUCCCAGGUAUCAGUGCCAGGAGCUGUCACCUCCCACUGUGGCCAGUCCCAGGUAUCAGUGCCAGGGGCUGUCACCUCCCACUGUGGCCAGUCCCAGGUAUCAGUGCCAGGGGCUGUCACCUCCCACUGUGGCCAGUCCCAGGUAUCAGUGCCAGGGUCUGAUACCUCCCACUGUGGCCAGUCCCAGGUAUCAGUGCCAGGGUCUGUCACCUCCCACUGUGGCCAGUCCCAGGUAUCAGUGCCAGGGUCUGUCACCUCCCACUGUGGCCAGUCCCAGGUAUCAGUGCCAGGGUCUGUCACCUCCCACUGUGGCCAGUCCCAGGUAUCAGUGCCAGGGGCUGUCACCUCCCACCGUGGCCAGUCCCAGGUAUCAGUGCCAGGGGCUGUCACCUCCCACUGUGGCCAGUCCCAGGUAUCAGUGCCAGGGGCUGUCACCUCCCACUGUGGCCAGUCCCAGGUAUCAGUGCCAGGGGCUGUCACCUCCCACUGUGGCCAGUCCCAGGUAUCAGUGCCAGGGUCUGAUACCUCCCACUGUGGCCAGUCCCAAGUAUCAGUCCCAGGGGCUGCCACUUAUUUGGUGA